CGAAGGCGCCAGGAUGAUGGCAGCCCUCAGGCAUGAGCUGAGUGGGUGAUACAUGGAGUCCAAGUACCUGAUUAUUACACUUGGAGCAUGACAACAUCUCUGAUGUUAGAAAAUACAUUUAAUCCUUAUGUAACCCUUAAAAGACACCAAUUUGUAUUAGAAAAUAUUACUUGGCAGAUGCACGUCCUGAGUAAUUGGAUGAGAUAUGCUUUUGGGGAAUUAAAUUUACAGGUCCAACAGGCAUCCAAGAUGGCACUACAAAAUCGACUAGCAUCGGACAUGUUACUGUUGAAAGAGCAUGGAGUGUGUGCUAUGCUGAAUCUAACUGAGGGAGAAUGCUGUAUCACCAUCCACAAUGCCACCACCUCUAUAGAGGAAGCCCGUGCCAGAAUGAAAGAAGUCACCGACAAGACUGGAGAACUCUUCCAGGCGAUGCAACCAAGGAACUGGUUUGAAGGAGCAUGGAUUGCAUCACUGUUGAAGUCUCUUGGACUCACAGGAUCACAACUGUCGAAGAAGAACUUGGAGUGUUUGAGCCAUGGGGUGGUGUAGGAGACAACUUGUAACUCCCAGAAACAAAGAUUGAGAGAAGUAGCCUGAGGGAAGCAUGAACAAUGUGGAGAGGGGAAACCUGGUAAAGAUAAGGGGGGAGGGGGGAGGCCCUCUGAGCCUUUCUGAGAAAUGUCUCAAACACUCACAAGUACCCUGAACUGAAUAAUGCAGGCCUUGUGCUCAAUGGACUGAUAAGGCUACCCAUGGGGGAGGAAUAGCAAAGGAUGCGGCUGGAGGAGGAAGCCCUGUGGAGACAGGAGGGUUCUGCUGAUACCGAAAAGCCGGUCGAAGAAACUCUCUAACACUCGUUUUGGAGUUUUAGAAAGCAGGCAUUCUUUAUUGCAG